CAGUAUUUCAUGGUUCUUCGAAAUUGUUGCCCAUUUCAACUUAUUGAUAACCUAGCCACAAUAGCCUUCCGCAAUGCCAUUCCUAAACAUGGAAGAAUCUAUUUCGCUAUUCUACACUACAAACGGGGAUUCUUCGAACCCACCGAUACUUCUCAUUCACGGAUGGUGCUGCGAUUCACACGAUUGGUCCUGGCAAAUUCCAGUCCUCACGAAAACGCAUUAUGUGAUUGCGUAUGACGCGCGUGGACAUGGACGAUCGACUGCGCCAGAAUCGGCGUCGUUCAGCACACAAAGUCUGGCCUCUGACGCAGCUUCUCUACUCAAACAUCUUGGCUUCAGCAAGGAUGUAUUGGUGAUGGGACAUUCCCAAGGUGGUGUUGUGACCUCCGUCUUCUCCGUGCUUCAUGCCGAGUUGACCAAAGCGGUCAUCAUCAUCGAUCCACCCUAUUGGAAUUCUGGAGAGAUCUGCGAUGCAUCGAUUCCGACUCUACAGAACGCAGAUGCUCAUGAUUGGGCGCUCGCGGUUUAUGGAGACCAGCCUGGAGGUCUUACCGCUGGUAAUGUCCCCGAAUGGAUGAAACAAUGGUAUUUCCGUCGAGUUUUGGGAACACCCAAGCAUGUUGUGGCCGGAUGUGUGUACGAUUUUUAUGGUAAAGGAGACGAAGGACUAGGACGAUCGGAGGUCCACGCAAGAUUGGUGUCCAAGCGUGCUUGUCCAAGACUUGUUGUCUAUACUGAAGAUGAGAAGGCAGCAAAAGAACGAGCACUAGGCAUGGGUGAAUUGGACGAGGUGAUAGUGAUUGGGGAUUCACCGGGGCACUGGCCCCAGAGUACAAGAAGUGAGGAGUUCAAUGGAUUGCUCUUGAAUUGGCUGGAGAAGAUCAAAGCUACCUAAUCUCGGACGCCAGUAGCAGCGCCAGCGGGCCCAAAAUAUGUUUGAUCAUGAGAGACUACCGGAGCCUAGACACACUAAGGAAGUCUCGCAUCACUUACAAAUCAUGCUCAAUGAUGGCCAAGACCAG